AUGAGUAUUGUUUCGCUUAAUGUUGGUGGUAAAACAUUCAGCACAUCUUCGACAACUCUACGAAAAUCGGGUGCCAACAGUGUGCUGACAAAGCUUUUGGAAAAAGAAGCAGAUGGGUCUUUUCUGUGGCCAAAAGAUACGGCCGGCAGCUAUUUCAUUGACAGGGACCCAGCCCCUUUCGAGAAAAUCCUCUCUUUCCUACGUACAGGCAAGCUAUACUUAGAUGAACACAUGUCGUUGGACUACCUUCUGUCUGAGGCGGAGUUUUAUGCGGUUGAACCGCUUCUGAAUAUUCUUUCUCUAUCGCGAUCAACUUCUGGAAACGAUCUGAAUUCUUUGAGACGAUCCUCAAUUCUUGCGGAAGUUCCAAUCCCUUUAGAAGUUGCGAACCCAUCUUUCGCUAAUAUCAAAGUUGUACAGUUCUGGAUAAAGAAAUAUUUUCAUGGUAAUUCUCAAAUUGGAGAUGAAAGCAAAUUGGUGGAAAUGAUCGAAAAGUUUUUUGGGCUUGCCUCAAGCAAAGCUUGUGCAGCAGUUCAUCAAAACUGGGAAGAUCAAUGGCAGGUCACAGUGCAGAUAAUUGACUGCACACUACAGAAGGACGCUCUACGUAAGCUAUCUCAUUACCUCUUCGGAGUUCACAUCAUCGACUGGAACUGUUACACCCUCUAUCCUUUUUCGGACGAGGCAUCUUAUCAUGCAACCGGGUCGACAUUGGGUCGCGCAAAUAGAGCCACAGAGAAUGGUCCACAAGCGAACGGAAGAGCUAAUAAUGAAACAACUUGA